UUAUUUAUUAGCUUUGCCUGCUGUGCCUCCUCUCUCUUCUUCUCUCUCCUGUCGGCGCUAAGCUAGCUCCAACCAGGCUGAAUAUCUUUCAGUAAUGACUUCUAGCACCUCUGUCCCUCAGUGACAUCCAUCCACACAUCUGUACGGGACAGCAGAGAGCCAUGGGGCUGCCACAGAGCUCCUUCCUGUCGGACGGGGGGACUAGUUGUGGAUAUCAUGUCCACGGGAUCCAGGAGGACUCUCCUGCAUUCAAAUCUGGUCUGGAGCCCUUCUUUGACUUCAUCCUCUCCAUAGGAAACACCCGACUCAGUAAAGAAAGCGACCUGCUCAAAGACCUGCUCAAAGCUAACGUGGAGAAAGCGGUCAAACUGGAAGUGUACAACUCCAAAACCCAGCGGGUGAGGGAACUGGAGGUGACACCCAGUAACAUGUGGGGCGGUCAGGGUCUGCUGGGCGCGAGCGUCCGCUUCUGCAGCUUCGAGGGAGCCAAUGAGAACGUUUGGCAUGUCUUGGAUGUUGAGUCCAGUUCUCCUGCAGCUUUGGCCGGCCUCAUGGCUCACAGUGACUUCAUUGUGGGAGCUGACCAGGUGCUGCAAGACUCAGAAGAUUUCUUCUCUCUGAUUGAAGCCAAUGAGGGGAAACCUCUGAAGCUGCUGGUGUAUAACACACACACGGAGCACUGCAGGGAGGUGGUGGUGACUCCAAACGGAGCGUGGGGAGGAGAGGGAAGCUUAGGCUGCGGCAUCGGCUACGGCUACUUGCACAGAAUCCCGACUCGUGCAGCUCAGACCCAGCGACCAGAACAACCAGACUGAAUCAGCUGUGAUUCACAGCGAGGACGAGCUGGCUCCACCUGAACACACUGAGGUGCCUCCAGCUGCAGAGAUGGACCCCUCCAGGGUCAGCACUUUAGAUUUAAAUCAAAUCAGAGACGCUGUGCAGGACGUGUGUGAGACCUCACCCACACAGCCCGCUGUACACUCAGAUAUUUCCAACGUACCCGAAGCAAAGACUCCAGAUUUGUCCGACCUGGUUUCAAACGACGACACUGACCAGAACUCCAUGCUCGAUAAUUCUGCAGACAACUCUUGUGAUCAGAGUAGUCUGG